GGCUCCUUUUUCUCGCCGAUCAAAUAGAGCUGCAGUCCUUUAAACUAUUCACAGUUUAAUAAGGCUGUGGCGUGGGGCGCAGUUCGUCUUGUUUUCGGUGCAGACCGGUUAAGGAUUGUCAUUUAGAGUCAGAGGCCGGUUUAAUCUCAGCCGUAAGUCAACAACGCAGCGGAGAGAAAAACUAUUCUUUGGAAUAAAAGCAGAAAUAUGUAAAAGUUUGCUUUAAUUUUUUUCCAUUGUGAAAACCGAAAAUCCAGGCAUUUUCAACUCAAACUUUUUUUUUCCACGUUUGAUAUUGGAUAUUAAUCCGUCUGUGUUUUGACGCCCACCUCGCACAGAGGAGGGAAAAAGAGCAAGAUCGUGUAUUUUUUGGUUGCCGCCUGACAAGGCUGAAGAUCAUACGCUGGUGUUUCUUUUGGGGGGUGGCUGCUUUACCUCAAUCAUUCUCGAUGCUUCUUAAAACGUUAGAUUUUGUGGCAAGCGAACCGAUUGUGAUAAAGUGAGGGGUUUGCGGGGUAGGAGGGAGGGGCGAGAGGUUGGAGAUGCCCGGGAUCAAUUCGAGCGCAUCGCGGCAUGAGAACUGGGACAUGGAGCACGAUCGGUAUCAGCACUAUUUCUACGACGACCAUCACUUGGACGAAGACUUUUACAAAUCUACGGCACCCAGCGAGGACAUCUGGAAAAAAUUCGAACUGGUGCCAACCCCGCCCGUGUCUCCCUCCAGGACUCCAGAGGGUGCCGGCAUGCCGCCGGGCGACAGGCUGGAGUGGGUCACUCAGUUCCUGGGACAGGACGAGGAGCAGGAGGGCGAGUACAAAAUCGAUACCGAGGAGAUAUUCGGCAAUCUGAGCUCCAUCAUCAUCCAGGAUUGCAUGUGGAGCAGUUUCUCCGCCAGCAGGCAGCUGGAGAAAGUUGUCAGUGAGCGACGGGCCGUGCAGACCAAGCCGCCCCUGACCGCGCAGACCGGCGCAAACCAUGCGGCAAAGGCGCAGUGUGCGCCCCACGAUGCGCCGGCCGCUCACCACGGGCUGGCGACUGACUGCGUGGACCCCACGGCGGUGCUCACCUUCCCGAUCGGCAACUGCAAAAAGCAGGCGUCGUCCGGCACCGAAUCACGCACCGACUCCUCCGAUGAGGAGGAGAUCGACGUGGUGACGGUGGAGAGCAAGCAGAAUAAAGGGAGACUGGUGGGGGGGCGUAAGCCGGUGACCAUCACCGUGCGGGCCGACCCCCAUGACCCCUGCAUGAAGCGCUUCCACAUAUCAAUCCACCAGCAGCAGCAUAACUACGCUGCGCCAUCGCCCGACAGCCCGCCGGAACCCGAGCCGCCCCGGAAACGGGUUCGGCAGGAAGCCCCGCCUCAGCACCACCAGCCGCAGUCUCCCUCACCGUCUCCACAGAAGAGCCCCGGGGGAAAAGCCGCCGCCGCCUCUCCGCCGCACCAAUGCAUCAAGUCGCAGCCCAGCAGCCCCCAAAGCUCCGACUGCGAGGACUCUGACCGCCGGAGGACCCACAAUUACCUGGAGCGCAAGCGUCGCAAUGACCUGCGAUCCCGCUUCCUGGCCCUGCGGGACCAAAUUCCCAGUCUGGUGGACUGCCCCAAGACCCCAAAGGUGGUGAUCCUGACCAAGGCCCGUGAGUACCUGCGUCUGCUGCACUCCAGCGAGCGACACCAGGCGCAGGAGAAGAAGCAGCUCCGAUCACGCCAGCAGCAGCUCCUCAGGAAGCUGGCGGACUUGAAGCGGCCGUGAGGCGAUGGGCGGCUGCUCCGGGACGGGUGACCAGACUCAUGGGGAUGUAAAAAAUAAAAAAAAUCAAUGUUGAAAUGAUGCUUUUUCACAUGACACUGAUGAAGCAGAGAGAGUGGGUUUUUUUUUUUCUUUUGGUGGGGGGGAUUCGAUUUCUUUAGUUUUUCUAGUUUUCAUUUGUCUUUGCACAAAUUUGCUUUAGAUCAAUGGUUGUCUUAAGGGAGAAGGAAUUGGUUGCUCGGUAUGACAUGAUCGACGAUUCAGAUUUCAUUCAAUAAUGUGAGAGAUGUGUGGUCUGCAUACCAUCCAAAGUUAUUAAAUAAUUAUAAUCCCUUCUUCCUGCUCCCUGGUCGGUGCAUAGAUCUUGCCAGGAAGAACCAUUUUGAAAACCAUGUGGGUUUCCUGAAGAGAAAAGGCUGUCUGUUGCCUGAGUGUUUAAAUUUUAGUGAUGCAAAAACCCUAAGCAAAUAUAGUCUUUAAACUCUUUUAGACAGAACUUUAAGAAGAUUUUUUUUUCCAUUGAAAAUCAAACGCAUUACUACUCAAAACGUGUUUAUCUAACCAAAAAAAAAAAACCCAACAAAAUCCGUCUUUGUUAACUUGUAAGACAGGUUUAGUGGUGUUUGAGAAAUAGCUUUUAAUAAUCAGUUUCAAUUUGCGAUGGUCUUUGAGAACAGUGGUCCAGUACAAAAGCUGUCACCUAUACCACGUGCAUCUUAUGAUGUUUUAGGUAGUUGGGGUACAGCUUUUCUUCCUAUUCAAACAAUCGUGUAUCUUUAGCAACAUCCUUAAGGAACAAUAUCUUUUAGAGUCGUGUGUGUAUAUAUAUGUAAAGAUCUCUGUAUAUAAAAUAUGAAUGCUUGUUCUGUAUGGAUUCUUCUGUAAAUAAGUAUGCUUGCCAUUCACCAGGACUUUUCAAAGACAAUUUUCAUUGUCCCUUAGCCCCCAGGUGGUCUCAAACUGUUGAUCUGUCAAAAAUAUUUACCAAGAUAUAUGUCAAAGCUUCUAUUUUUGUUAAGAAAUAAUUAAAAAUCAACAAAAUAACACUAUUUACUUCAAUCACACUAGACACUUUGUGACACUUGCCACUGCCUGUACUUUUAAUUUCACUUUUUGGUUUAUUGAUUUGUAUAGAGUCUGAAUAAUACAGAACAAUUUUAUACUAUAUUUUCCUACAAUGUGUUUGUGGAGAGCGGUCCUAUAUUCAUUUAAAUGUAUGAUUUUCUGGUGUCAAGUGCUGGACUGUGGAUCUCGAUAGCCUUUUGCAUUAGCGACUCAAAGACAACUGAAACUGCAGAUCAAAUGACUUGCUAUUCAGAUAAGUACUAGUAAAGCGAUUAUAGAGCCAAGUCUGGUCGAAAACUAGUCCAGACCCACGGAGCCGGUUGUUUCCUCAAGCAGAGACAUGCCCUGACUCCGUAACGUUCCCCCUCAAUUAACUUGUGGUUUAAUUGCACCCGAUUAAUAUUGGCUGCUGUGUAUUACAGUGGCAGCUGUACAGUCAUACUAAUGAUGCUAAUUGUUGGUAGCUUUACAAAACUGCAUGAAGACUUUUCCUAUUGGCCAAGGAGAAAAAAUAACAAACUGGAGGAAAGCUUUUUAAUCGCUCUCCUGGAAAUCUUGAGAAGUUGUUUCAGCUGCAUCUCAAAGGUAUGCCUGCAGGUCGAAAGCAUAUAAUAUAAUAUAAAAUUCCCUUUUAGCGAUGGCCUUUAUCCACAGGGUCCAUACCGGGCCUUUUGUAUCUUUUCUGCUACAUCUACCUGCCAGUUCUCUGUACCUCGGAGAUGUAGUCGCCGUGUAUUUUGCCCAAGUCCAGCACAUGUCACCUUAUUGGCUAAGACUGCAAAGUUUAAGGAAUUUCUGUUGUCUGCAGAUGGAUUCUUAUACUGUCUGUGGAGUAUGCUUAUUCAUAUAUGCAGUUGGGUUGCUUAUGUCACUGUAGAAUGGCUGCAGCCAUAUUUUAGCACUUUGUGUUCAGUACCUCAUAAAAACAUACAUGAAAAAAAAUACUGAGAAAAAUAAAUAGAGAAAGUGAU